AUGAGAACUCCUCCAUCUGAUCGCUUCCCACUGGACAAGGCAGUGAGCUACGCCAAACUUAGAAAUCCUCUGCUCAUCAAUGACCUGAACAUGCAGUACUACAUUCAGGACAGGAGAGAGGUGUAUCGCAUCCUGCAGGAGGAAGGGAUUGAUCUGCCACGCUAUGCCGUGCUGAACCGUGACCCAGAUAAACCAGAUGAGUGUAACCUGGUGGAAGGAGAGGACCACGUGGAGGUGAACGGAGAGAUAUUCCAGAAGCCUUUUGUUGAGAAGCCUGUCUGUGCCGAAGACCACAACGUCUACAUCUAUUACCCCACCUCUGCUGGUGGUGGCAGCCAGCGUCUCUUCAGAAAGAUUGGGAGUCGGAGCAGUGUGUACUCACCAGAGAGCUGUGUGAGGAAGACGGGCUCUUACAUCUAUGAAGAGUUCAUGCCAACAGAUGGAACUGAUGUGAAGGUUUACACUGUGGGACCGGACUACGCUCAUGCUGAGGCCCGGAAGUCUCCAGCCCUGGACGGGAAGGUGGAGAGAGACAGCGAGGGCAAGGAGGUCCGCUACCCUGUCAUGCUCUCAGCCAUGGAGAAGCUGGUGGCCCGCAAGGUUUGCCUAGCAUUUAAGCAAACUGUCUGUGGCUUCGACCUUCUCAGGGCCAACGGACACUCGUAUGUGUGCGACGUCAAUGGUUUCAGUUUCGUGAAAAACUCAAUGAAGUACUAUGACGACUGUGCCAAAAUCCUCGGGAACAUUGUGAUGCGUGAGCUGGCUCCUCAGUUUCAGAUUCCUUGGUCCAUCCCUACUGAGGCAGAGGACAUCCCCAUCGUUCCCACCACUUCAGGGACCAUGAUGGAACUGCGCUGUGUCAUUGCCAUCAUCCGACACGGAGACAGGACACCUAAACAGAAGAUGAAGAUGGAAGUCCGUAACCCCCUGUUCUUUGAUCUGUUUGAGAAAUAUGGGGGAUACAAAACGGGGAAGCUGAAGCUGAAGAAGCCGAAACAACUGCAGGAGGUGCUGGACAUCACACGGCAGUUGUUAGCAGAACUAGGACAACACAAUGACUGUGAGAUAGAGGAGAAGAAGUCUAAACUGGAGCAGCUGAAGACUGUUCUGGAAAUGUACGGUCACUUCUCUGGGAUCAACAGAAAAGUGCAGCUAACUUACCUGCCCCAUGGGCAGCCCAAAACCUCCAGUGAGGAAGAAGACACACGUAAGGAAGGUCCGUCUCUGUUGCUGGUGCUGAAGUGGGGGGGUGAGCUGACUCCUGCUGGCAGAGUUCAGGCUGAGGAGCUGGGAAGAGCCUUCCGCUGUAUGUACCCCGGAGGACAAGGAGACUACGCUGGAUUCCCUGGCUGUGGGUUACUGCGGCUGCACAGCACCUACAGACAUGACCUGAAGAUUUACGCGUCUGAUGAAGGAAGGGUGCAGAUGACGGCCGCAGCUUUCGCUAAGGGUUUGCUGGCACUGGAGGGUGAGCUGACGCCGAUCCUGGUGCAGAUGGUGAAGAGUGCCAACAUGAACGGGCUGCUGGACAACGACAGCGACUCGCUGAGCAGCUGCCAGCACCGGGUCAAGGCCAGACUCCACGAGAUUCUCCAGAAGGACAGGGACUUCAUCGAUGAGGACUACGAUAGGCUGGCGCCGAACUGUAGUGCCUCUUUGGUGAAUUCCAUGAAGAUCGUCCAGAACCCGGUGGCCACAUGUGACCAGGUCUACGCCCUCAUUCAGAAUCUCACUUCUCAGAUCCGCAAAAGAAUGGAGGACCCCAAGUCAGCAGACCUGCAGCUUUACCACAGUGAGACACUGGAGCUGAUGCUGCAGCGCUGGUCCAAACUCGAGAGAGACUUCCGCAUGAAGAACGGCCGCUACGACAUCAGUAAAAUCCCAGACAUUUAUGACUGUGUAAAGUAUGACGUCAUCCACAACGCCACUCUGGGCCUGGAGGACACGCUGGAGCUGUUCCGACUGUCUCGAGCUUUGGCCGACAUCGUCAUCCCACAGGAAUAUGGCAUAAAUAAAGUGGAGAAAUUGGACAUAGCGUACGCCUACUGCCUCCCACUGGUCAGGAAGAUUCAGCUCGACCUGCAGAGGACCCACGAGGACGAGUCUGUCAACAAACUACAUCCUCUGUACUCUCGCGGAGUGAUGUCACCUGGGCGCCAUGUCAGGACACGUUUGUAUUUCACCAGUGAAAGUCACGUCCACUCUCUGCUCAGCAUUUUCCGCUACGGUGGCCUUCUUGAUGAGGAGAAGGACCAGCAGUGGAAGCGUGCCAUGGACUACCUCAGUGCUGUCUCUGAACUCAACUACAUGACUCAGAUUGUCAUCAUGUUGUAUGAGGACAACAAUAAGGACCUGACCUCUGAGGAACGUUUCCACGUUGAGCUUCACUUCAGCCCGGGUGUCAAAGGCGUGGAGGAGGAGGAGAACGCGCCCACCGGCUUCGGCUUUAGACCCGCUUCUGCAGAGGUAGCACGGCAGAACGGCCAGAAGCAGCCCGACCCCGGCAGCCUGGAGGACCUCUCCCGAGAUGAGACGGACCGUGCUGUGCCACUGUCUGAGCCAAUCACCAUUCAGAGAAGGUCCCCACUAAUACGCAAUCACAAGACGGGAUCCAUGGAGGUCCUGUCGGAGACAUCGUCCUCCAAAGUGGGAAGUUACCGCCUCUUCUCCUUCUGCUCUCGUCAGUCCCCUGAGAUGAAACAAAGUGGAUUAGGCUCUCAGUGCGCCGGCCUCUUCAGCACCACUGUCCUAGGUGGGUCCUCUAGCGCCCCUAACCUGCAGGACUACGCACGCGCACACCGCAAAAAAUUCUCCAGCGGCAGUCUGUCCUACAAAGACGAGUUGUUGUCUAUGCCGGCAGUAAAACGAUUUUCUGUGUCGUUUGCAAAGUAUCCGACUAAUG